GUAUAAAAGCAGAACAUUUAGUCGAACUGAUAACAGAAUCGUCGUGGAGCGAGUACUGGUACAUUGCAAAACGCAUCACAGCAGCGCUCUAUAAAUUAUUUAAAUCAGCCUUCUUUACUAGCAAAUUUAAUCACAAUGCAGUCCUUCUUGUAUUUGGUGUCCGUUUUGGUGCUGGUCGCUGCCGACGGUUACUACUAUGAGACUCCUGCUACACGCAUCCCUCCACGCUGGAAUACAUUAGCCUCUGCCCAGCAGUAUCAAUACCACACUCAAGAUGGCUUUGGUCAAUAUUCGUAUGGCUAUGGAGAACCACUAUCCACAAAACAAGAGGUGCGCACUCAGGAUGGGAUUACACGUGGAUCUUACACCUAUUUAGAUGCCGAUGGCAAAUUGCAGACUGUUACGUACACCGCUGACGCCGAUGGCUUUCAUGUGGCGGGCACUAAUUUGCCAAAACAACGUUUGGCGGCGGAUGGAAGCACACCAUUCGAGGACCCACAAUCUAUACAGGAUACACCAGAAGUUGCAACGGCACGCUUGCAACACUUGGCAGCGCAUCAGCAGGCUAAAAUGCGUUUAUACGGAAUUACCGCGCCCAUCUCGGCGAACUUAAUGUCGGAUAAGCUAAAUGACGAUCAGAAUGUAAAACGUAUCGAUCGGCCCGAUUUACUUCCCCAGCAAGUGGAGGAUACCCCGGAAGUGGCUGCUGCAAAGGCGGAAUUCUUCAAACGUUACGAAGAGGUUAAGCAGCGCAAUAAACGUUUGCGUCAGAAGCAACAGAACGCCGGUUAUGCGUUGGUCAAAUCCCAACCGUUGACUGUAACAUUGCCUUUGAAGGGCUAUAGGCUGACUAACAUUCCAAGGGGUGCUUUCCGUUAUGAUGUCAUUGUACCAUCAAAUGGUCGCAAAUACUUGCCUGAAGCAAAACUAAGUUCUUACAGAAAGUAAUGUUUUCAAUUCACUCAUUUUUGUUUAUUUUCGUUGUUCAAUAAAAUACAAAUGCAAUAUGAAU